AUGAACAAUCCUAAGAUGCAACCGAAUAAUACCAAUAGCAAUUCCAAUAAUGUAAAUAUAAACAACGGAAACCUGAAGUUGCCGCAAUGGCAGCAGCAGCAACAGCAACCAUUGGCUAAUUAUACGUUACCUGGAGUUAUCAAUUACUUGACGUCGGAAUUUACAGAUCUAGAGAGAUUCAAGAUCAUGACAAAUUUAGAGAAAUCAGAAAUGAAAUAUAAAAUUGUACAAUUGCAAGGGGAGCUUAAUUCAUUGAGAUAUAUCAAUGAAAAGCAAAAGUCCCGUAUAGAUGUGUUAGCAAAAGAAAAUCAAAAAUUGGAAGAUCGAUUGAAAUCUAAGGGGACCGAUAGUCAGUCGGAUAGUGAGACCAAGAGUGAGGGUACAGUUGAAGGCAAUAUUGAAAUACCCGAAAUAGAUUUACUAGAGAUCAAGAAAUCGAGAGCUCAAUUGACAAAAUCCAUGAGACAAGUAUUGCAUUUGCUAAAGACACCUCAUGCGAACAGCAUGAAUGCUUUGAACCUCAAUGAUCCGGCAGAUGAAUUGAAUGAGUAUGACGAUUUAAUAAAGAAUGACAAAUCGGAUCCAUUCUUUUUUUCUGAAAAAGACAAUUCUCAGAAUUCAGAGUACAGUGGACGUAGCCGCAAGUAUAACAAAGACAGCAUAUUUUCGCAAUAUUUGAAUGACAUUCCUUUCAAUUCUCAAAACCAAGGAUCCACUGAAAAAGUUCAAGAUGAUCUAAGUCAGAACAACUUAACUGAAAUUGGAGACAUCAAUGCGAAAAGUAUUCAAUAUUUAACCCAGCCUUCAGAAGAAAAGGAAGAGUUUCCAUCAUCAAAUAAUAAAACAGAAGAAAGUGAUACAGAAACCGUAAUCAUGGAUGAAUCUGAUGGAGAAAAGUUGGAGUUGACCAAAACCAAAUCGAAUCUCGCCAAGAGACUUGACCAUAAUUCAAGUGCAGCUAGUCUCUCUUCCGUCAAAUCAAAUUCAUCUUCCGAAUCAAACAAGAUUACUGAAGAUAUGUAUUCCGUAAAGCCAAACGCCUUAAUUACAACUAAUGAUCCAAAUUAUAAAAAUUGUCGAGUAUUUACUGGUUGCUUGAAUAACACGAUAGUGUAUUUGAACUACGACCACAAAUCGGACGAAAGCUUAGUUUUACUAAAUGUGUGGUCGACUUCAUUAAAUAAAUUGGUUGUUUCAAAAGAAUUCACGGAUACAAUUGUUGAAAAACCUUCAAAUGUUAUUGAUAUAUUCUGUGUUUCACACGAUGAAGUCAACCUGACGAUGUACUUAUUGGCUGUUUAUAAAUCGGGAACUGUUGACCGUAUCAAGCUUAAUGAAAAUUCCCAAAUUUCAAAGCAUUGUAUUCUUAACCUUCCUACCACAACAUUGAACUCGUCUAAGUUGAUUGAAUUCAGCCAUAAGUCUAGUCCUGAAUCUAGAAAUUUUGGUCUUGUUGUAACUGGUUUACAAAAACCUGCCUCGACUCCGUUUAUCAAAAUCUACAAUUUGAUGGUGGACACUAAGAAUGCAAUAGUCGACACCGAAAUUGGGUCAUAUGUCAAAAGCUUCUUUAAGCUACAAAAUUCGCAAGAAUCAGACAUGUUUGAGGCUGUUCACUGGUUUAAAAAUGACGACACUAAAUCUACACCAGAUACAUCGUCACCAAAGUCUAACAAAGGAAAAUCCCACAAAAGAACGGUAUCUUGCACAGAUGUCUCCCUAUCUCCAUAUGAGAUUAUCCUUAAAUUGGGUUACCAGUUAAUCAGAUUCAAUUUCGUCCUGAAAAAAUACUACACUUUGAUCGAUGAUUUGCAUGGAGAUAUUACGAAAGAUUUAUGUUUCAAUGAUCAUUUAGCCCUAUUCGUUGAAUUCAAGGAAGACAACUUUAAAUUAAAAGUGUACGAUUUAGUUAAAGGGACGUCCAUAAGUGAAACCGAUUCUAAUAACUCAUUCUCUGAGAAUUCUAGUCUUAUCCUAGUCAGUGAUGAGAAAAAGUAUGCUAUUGCUAAAUUGGACAGAUCUCAUAUUCAAUUUUACGACUUGAACUUCUCCUUACUACAUCAUAUCAACAUUUCUCCUUUACCCAAUACUUUAUUAUACUCCAACGGUGAAAUAAUUUUAGCCACGGUCUCCAAUAAUUCCAUAGAGAAUUUGGCUAUUUACGAUCUAAACACGUUUACUGCAUAA